CAGCGCGGAUCGUCUCCCCUCCUCUCCCUCACCCCCGUGCUCCGACGGCGCUGCGGGACCGUCCCCCGGCUCCCUCGGGCUGGGGGCGGCCGCACGGCGCCGGCAGGCGGAGGCCGAAAGUUGCCACUCGUCCCGCCCAUGGCGGCGGGCGGGAAGCGGCGGCUCCCCUUCAGCGCCAGGCGGCCGCCGGGAGCCCGGCGCCGGCCCUGAGCAGCGCCCCGUUCCCCCGGCGGGGCCGUGCCGUGCCGCGGUGAGUAGCCCGGGCCGGGGGGCGGCCGGCGAUGCCCCCCCGGGCGGCGGAGCGCCCCCCAUGGCGAGCGCGGCGGCGGCGGGGGGUGGCCCGCGGGCGCUGCGGGCCCUGGGCGGCUGCCUGCUGGGCGCCCUGGUGCUGGGCACGCUGGCGGGCAACGCGCUGGUGUGCCUGGCCGUGCUGCGGUUCCGCCACCUCCGCGCCAAGGUCACCAACUGGUUCGUGCUGUCGCUGGCCGUCUCCGACCUGUGCGUGGCCGUCCUGGUUAUGCCCUGGAAGGCGGUCACCGAGGUGGCCGGCGGCUCCUGGCUCUUCGGCAGCCGCUUCUGCGACACCUGGGUGGCUUUUGACAUCAUGUGCUCCACCGCCUCCAUCCUCCACCUCUGCAUCAUCAGCCUGGACCGGUACUGGGCCAUCGCCAGCCCCUUUCGCUAUGAGCGGCGGAUGACGCAGCGCCUCGCCUGCGCCAUGAUAGCUGCGGCCUGGGCCCUCUCCGUCCUCAUCUCCUUCGUCCCUGUGCAGCUACACUGGCACAAAGCCAAGGACAGGAGGCAGCCGGGCUCCCAGCCGCCUGGGACACCGCGCUGUGAGGUCAGCCUGAACCGCACUUACGCCAUCACCUCCUCCCUCGUCAGCUUUUACAUCCCUGUGGCCAUCAUGAUCAUCACCUACACCAGGAUCUACCGGAUCGCCCAGGCCCAGAUCCGCCGCAUCUCCACCCUCGAGCGAGCAGGGGGGCAGUGGCCAGCCCAUGGCAAGGAGCCCACCUCCGCUCUGCGGAGCUCCCUGCGCAAGGAGACCAAGGUGCUGCAGACCCUCUCUAUCAUAAUGGGAGUCUUCGUUUGCUGCUGGCUGCCCUUCUUCCUGCUCAACUGCCUGCUGCCUUUCUGCCAGCCGGAGAGCGACCGGGAAGGGCAGUCAGCCUGCGUUGGCCAAACCACCUUCAACAUCUUCGUGUGGUUUGGCUGGGCCAACUCCUCGGUGAACCCAGUCAUCUACGCUUUCAAUGCAGACUUCAGGCGGGCUUUCAGCAACCUGCUGGGCUGCAGGUGCUUCUGCUGUGACACACGUAAGUCCACUGUGGAGAGGGUCAACUUCAGCAAUGAGCUGGUUUCCUAUCACCAGGACACCACCUGCCAGAAGGAAGGAGCCGCCUCAUCGUCAGUGCCACCCGCUGCCGUCACUGCCUGGGUGCAGCCUGUGCCCCAUGCUGUAAGCCUCCAGGGGGAGGACAGCAGUGAGGAGCUGCCUGCAGAGAAGAGGCCUGGGACUCCUCAGACAAAGGCUGCCCCUGGCAGCAGCCCAAAGUGCCAUCAUGUGCCAACUAUUUUGCGAUUGGAUUGUGGGGCAGAGCUGUCUCUGGAAACUAUUACCCCCUUUACAGGGCUUGGUGGAUGUGAGGGACCCUGUCAUCCCAUUCCAGAGGGAUGAUAAGCAGCUGUAUGUUUCACCCAUGCAGUGAAUUCCCACAGGAGGAAUUCACUCUGCCUCCAUGUAAGGUACAUCCAUCCCCCAGCAAACAAAUACCAUGCCAGGAGGAUGGGAACCUGAUGUUCUUACCCCAGAGGGGUGACAGGCAUAUCGAUUCCAUUCCACAAGCGUAUAGCAACCACAUAUUAACCUCUUUCCACUCCUACCUUCACCCCUUACCAUUUUUAAUAGUAGGCAGGCAUUUUCUAUACAGUUGUUUGCCCUACUCCUCAAUCAAACCUGUGAUAUUUAUUAAGAAUUUUAUUAAGAAUUGUGAGAUAAUUGAGAUUUUGAUCAAAAUUAGAUCAAAAUAAAAACAGCUGAUGAGGCUCCAUAACAUAAAUUUACUGAGAAAACUUAGAUUUAAACUUAGAUUUAGCUGCAUUUCUAAAAGCAGCUCUCCCCCUCCCCCCAUGGUUUCACAUCAUAUAGGACUGAAAGUUGUUUGGUUUUAUUUCUGUGUUUACUUUGAAGCUGGAUGUCUGUAUUUACAUAUCAAAUCUGUGUUUAAACUCUGAAAAUUGCUCAAUAAAAACAUCAUCUUAUGCUGA